AUGUCGACGUCGGCGAAGAAGAUUGUGCUGAGGAGCUCCGACGACAAGAUCUUCGAGGUUGACGAGGCCGUGGCUCUCCAGUGUAAGACCGUAGGUCACAUGAUCGAAGAUGACUGCGUCGAGAACGGAGUCCCUCUUCCUAACGUCACCGGCAAGAUCCUUGCCAAAGUGCUCGAGUUCUGCAAGAAACACGUCCCCGUCGUCGUCCCCGAUGCUGAUGCUGAUGAUGUUGCUGUUGCUGAUCCGUCUCCUUCCUCCGUAGAGGAGCUCAAGGAGUGGGACGAUGACUUUAUCAACGAAAUGGAUCAAGCGACGCUCUUGGACGUUUGUCAGGCUGCUGAUUACCUGAGCACCCCAAAACUUCUCGAUCUUACUUGUAAGGCCGUUGCUGAAAUGAUCAGAGGCAAGACUCCGGAUGAGAUGCGCGCAUUUUUCCGCAUCGUGAACGAUUUCACAGCCGAGGAAGAGGCAGAGGUUCGCAGAGCUAACCAGUGGGCGUUUGAAUGA